AUGGGGACGCAGCACUCCUCUCCAGGCAGCAUUGUUUGUGUCGGAGCGGGCGUUGAAGCCACCAAGGACAAUCAACUUAUCCGCCUUCGGCACAGUCGUCAGAAGUGCGUGCCGGUCCUCCUAGAAUUUGUUCCUUACAACGUCAGGGCUGUUCAUCGGAGGAGCGUAGACGCUGACGAUGGUGGCGAAUUUGCCUCACCCCGGAGAGGCAGGCGGAGGUUCAUAGACAAUCAUUACCUGCGGCAGGCAGGACAGUCGUCUCACGAUGUCGCUCCGGAUGGCCAAAGCGACACCCGCGCCACUUUGUUCUGCCCUGGGGCGAUCGUCCCAGAAGAAGGUGUAGUCGGCACCCACCUCCUCCAGUUGGCCUUGUUCGGAAAACGGGAUAUCCCUGAGUACUGCGAUGUCCACCUUUUAACGCGCCAGUUGCUGAGCCACUAGUCCCGUCCUUUCGUUCCGUUCGGUUGCUCUUCCGAUUGUCUAAAUGGAGCAAACAUUCCAGGCUGCCAGAGUGAGCGAACUCACCCUAUCGGCCUGGCGAGUGGAACGGGGGAGGAGGAUGAGGAGGGGGGGGAGAGAGAGGGUAUUGCCUCUGGUUUGAUUUUUACGACCGUGCAUUUUGCGUCGGGGGCCACGUUCAGCCUGCAGACGGCAUGGGUCACGUGGACCCACCGCUGGACACUUCUUCACCGGCACCACCAAUAAAGCACACACACACACACCUCACAUACGUGAGGAUGCCAGAGGUCACGUAAAGAAGUAGUCGCUGCAGCCUGAACCUCAGCCCAUUAGUCUGCCGCUCCACACAAACACACAACUCGGCUGACUGCAUGGAUUGAGUUUAGGCGUCAGUCGGCAGCCUUCCAUGCCACGGCGUUUGGAGCACAGUGAUAGUCUCCGACUCGAAUCACACAUGCAGCAGAGUAGCCAAGUGAAGAAAGAAGAGGGGGGAGAGAGAAUUUGUUGUUUCUUGUUUGAUGUUUCCGACCGUAGGUAUUGCAGUCUGCGAGCCACGGUCUGCGCGCGGAUGUCGUGAACCCAGCAUUUCUUUAGGGCACCUCUCAUAAUUUCCUUUCCCACCAGGGGUAACCAGUGCUGUACCUAUACAGGGCUACUUAUUCGUCCCAUACGGCUUCCAAACUCCACUCUGGGUCAUGGACUGGUUUAGCGAAAGAACAACCGAUUGGUCUGGACCGUCUGCGUGAUUGUGUGUCGCCCACGCCAUAGGACCUGUCGACCGUGAGAGGGGAGAGUAGAGUAAUUGGUGUAGAGGGAGGUGAGAGAGAAGGUAAGGGGGGAAGAUGGAGAAGAACAGUAAAGUUACCGGGCCUGGAGACUCACCCAGAUACCCUCACCUGGUUUAGUCCACCGGUCAGGUCGAUUAUCAGUGUGUAGCUGCUAGGCAGAGACUAACCUCGUGGGCCGGGUGCCAGUUAAUAGACGCUAAGCACAGUCAAAACCUGCAAGCAAGUGAGCGGCCUAUUACGACAGCACGCGAACCCACAACUGGGCAUCCCUAUACCUCGUCUAGUUUAAUAGGCUGCCAAUUACAAGCUGUCUGGGACAACUGCUCCCGCACCUCGUUACAGCAUUAUUCUACUGUUCACAUAUUGUCAAGCUACGGUAAUUCUAAACCCUGUAUUUGACUGAACAGCCAACCCACCUAAUGUCAGAACGGCGACCGACUAGUCGCCACUGCUAAAUUGACUUCUAAUCUGCAUCGCUCGACGGUGCUAACCCAUCGGGUCGAUGAAAGAUGCCUACGUCCAGGUAAUACGACCUGUGUUCGUUUUCUUAGCCUACUUCGUUAAGUUGGGAAAGGCGCACUUUAAAUUCCGCAUAAAACUGGCGGCAUGUUAGCUCGCAGAAUGCAUUAGUCGGAAUGCGGUGAACCAUUAUGAAUUCGCCAGUGCCUCCAGCGCAUGUGUGUGGUUAACGUCAAACGGAAAUUCAUGCGAAGCAAUAAUUGCCUCCUAUAAACUUCCCAUUCGACCAACAGGCUAGGAUAAGCUAUGGUAACCCAGGAAGUGGGUAUACCUCUAGUAAACGCAGAAAUCAGGACCUCGUUCAGUUUUAGGGGAAAAGACGCUAGCAGGAGACCUGUAUUCUGUACAGAAGCUUGGCGGUGCUCCGAACCCUCAACGAAAUGCCGGCCGUUGGCUUGCUCGCAUGUUCCCCCCAAGGUUUGUCACGUGAACAAUACCCAGUAUCGACCGCUCUCGAGGCUGCACGUGCGCCGUUUCACCCGCUCGUAAGUCGCGAUGGCGCGAUCCCUAGCAUGGCGUAUGUGCCACAGGCGGAAAGUGUUAACGCGCUUGAGGCUUGGUGUUUAGGUAGGAGUAGAGAGACUCCGACCGAUACGGAGAUACCAUUUUUAUAACUUAUAGCACAUUACUCACCAAAAUAACUCUAGCCCCAUGAAACAAUUACGACACGUUCAACAUCGUACUCCCCCAUCGACAGUUCGACUGUUGCUGGCGACGACGCUCACCCGGUGCCCCACGGAGCGGACGCGGGACAGCGACUUGGGCAGGAAUUGGUAUCUAGCGAGGCAGACUUGCGCAGCAUCUAUCGUACUCUCCUGUCUCACUCGCCUGGCUCCGAUGGCAAGACGGCGCCAAGACGACAGGCAGCGGGCCAGAAUGCAGAGGCCGACAGGGCUAAACAGGCCGACCACGCGUGCCGCACACGACCUGGUCUCCAAUACGUGUACCAGGCACGCAUGCGAGGAAGCGGCAGGGACUGA